AUGAAUGAAACGAAGUGUGUCCGCGAAGAUGACGAAGAUAACAAUAAUGAUGAUGAAGAUGUCGAAAACAUUAAAAAAAAAUUUAAAAAGAGUAAUGAAAAAACAUAUGAAAACUUGGACAGUGUCUUGGUAGAGAUUGGCCAGCUAGGAAGAUACCAGAAAAGAUUGAUAUUCACAGUUUUCAUGGUCAGUUUAUCAACUGCCUUCAACAACAUGGGUUACGUAUUCUGGGCAAUGAGAUUAGACCAUAAUUGCACCUAUGCUUCUUCCUGGAAACAUCUUAUAACAAAUGCAACUUCUUCCUUGGCCAUAGAGGAGUUGAUGAACAGGUCGACACCGUGGCAGCCAGAAGAUGGCGGUUUGGACGAGAGGAGCAAAUGUUACCAAUACAAAUACAAUCAACAUAGCAAUCUCUUUCUCAACGGUUCAUUAGUUUAA